AUGGCUUACCGUCUGGAAUGUGAGCACAGAGCAGCAGAUGCAAAGAGUGUUAUUCACCCUACCAUGGGCAGGGGACACUCAAACUUUUGUGAAGCCCACUUCACUGUACUGCCUGACUUUAGAGCUAAAGAUCAGAACCUUUGCAGGUAAGAUGCACAUAGAUUUUUUCUAAGAAUUUGUAAAAUGAAAAUUGCUGUAUUUCCUAGCAUUAAAUCCCAGUGACUUCUCAUUAACUGUGAAUUCUCCUUGCAAUCUGAUGUAUACAUGUGUAUUUUGUUGUAAAGUGUGAGAGAAUUUGACACUGGACUAAGAGUCACCAAUAAUUUUAGUUGGAGUAAGUUGGCUUGGAUUGGUUUUGAUUAGUCAUUUAUUACUGUCUGGUUAUUGGAGAAAGACUUCACUUAUUUCACAAUAAUAAUGGUUCCUGGUUUUCCUUUUUCUCUAUAUAGAUUUAAUGUAGGUCGCGGUUUUUGUGUCAGUAUUCUUACCAGCUGAAUGAGACUUCUCUGUUCAGUUGAAUCAAAUAAUGUUUUAAAGUGCUUGAUGUUGUGUGUACAAAAAGCUCAGUACUUUGUUUUCAAGCAAGUCCUUGUAUCAAUUAUCCCAAUACUUUUCUUUAGGCUGCACUGUGACAUCUACAAACUGUGGUUUUUGCCAAGGGAAUAUGUCUUGGUGUUUAAAAGUCCGUGGCAACAGUUAUCACUGGAUAAUUCACUGAUAUGA